UAUAAAGAGCCUCAGUAAUCGAGAAGCCACAUGAGUCCAUUAGAACAAGUAGUGCCUUACAAUACCUUUAUAAUGAAAGAAGUAACAAGUAUCAUUUUCCUGCUCUCUAUUAUUGUAUCAAUUCACGGGUUACGAACACGAAUCUAUGGAGGCUCAGACGCUCCCGAAGGCAGGUACCCAUAUCAAGUGUCACUACGAAGACCAUUUCACUUUUGCGGUGGUUCUAUCGUCAAUGAGCGAUGGAUUCUAACCGCCGCACAUUGCCUCCAAGGAAAAGAUGUCAAGACAGUACAAGUUGUCGUUGGCACUACGUCGCGAUCACAAGGCAGCGGCACAGCUUACCAAGCUGAAAAGCUUAUCUAUCAUCAAGGUUACAGUACGGAAAAAUUCCAGAAUGAUAUUGGCCUGGUGCGUGUCGACAGAGACAUCAAAUUCAGCGAAAAAGUGCAACCGAUCGAACUAGCUAGAAAAGACACGAUUGCCGUCGGCGAAAGCGUUGUUUUGUCUGGAUGGGGACGAGUUGCGGGAGACAACAAGCCUGAAAAACUGCAACACAUUUUGUUAAAAGUUUACGACCUGGAGAAAUGCAAGACGAAAAUGUCGCAUCCAGUAAUCGAAACGCAAAUUUGCACGUUUACGAAAAAGAGCGAAGGAUUUUGCAAAGGCGACUCCGGUGGACCCCUAGUUAACAAAAACGGUGUCCAAGUCGGUAUUGUAGCGUAUGCACGAGGAUGUGGAGCAGGAAAUCCUGAUGUCUAUACUCGAGUUUCCAGUUUCAGCGAUUGGAUCGAUAAACAAAUAGGGCAGCAUUGAUCUGCACGCAGGAGUAACACAAUUACAUCAGUAAAAAAUUGUUGCUAAAAGAAUUAUUUUUAAUGCGACUGUAAAAUAAAACCGUUGUACGUGUAAAUAAUUAAAAUCAUCACUUUUAUUUGUAUAAAUGUA